AUGGAAAGUGAAAUUCUACAAACAAACACAAUGCAACAACAGCAACAAGACGAAAAGGAUGAUAGUGGAAUUGAGCAAGACAAUAGUUUUAUUUAUAUUCGAGUCGCUGUCGAAGAUUUGAACUUACAGAAAGUACUCAAAUUUAAUCUUGAUGAUACAGUCUGGAGUGCGAAACAAAAAGUUUUACAAGUUCUUGUUCGGGAAUUGAUCGAUGGAUUAAAUUUUGGAUUAUAUUUACCGCCGAGUAACGGUCGAGCGGGAAAAUUUCUCGAUGAAUCUCGUUGUUUGAGAGAAUAUCCACUGAGUGGAUCUGUUAGUUAUCUUGAAUUCAAGUACAAACGACGAGUUUACAAAGCAAUUCACCUUGUACAGAAAAAUUUGAACUCGAAAGUUAGUACAAAGAAAUUCAUCGAAUGUGUGAAAACCAAUCAAGUGACCAAAGUCGCAAGAUAUUUAGAAAAAGGAUUCGAUCCAAACUUUCACAUAUCCAAUGAUGAAACGGCAUUAUCAUGUGCGUGUGUGGAUUUACUCGAACCUCGAUCAAUGAUAAUGACACUGGUUAACGGCGGUGCUCAUCUAGAUUUUCGAACACGUACGGGUGGUUUUACACCACUUCAUAAAUCUGCUAUACAUUAUCGAAAAGAAUCGAUUGUUACACUGCUUGAAUUGGGUGCUUCACCAAAUGUUUAUGAUGAAAAAGGUCUAACUGCACUUUAUCAUACAGUUUUAAACAAACAAUCGGAAUCGAUCAAUGAUUCAGCAUAUUGUUGUCAAUUGUUAUUACAAGAUCAUUCAAUUGUUAAUUGUCGAGAUGAUUAUUUGUCCACUGAACUGCAUCAAGCAUGCCGUCUGGGUCUUGUUCAACAUGUUGAACAUCUACUGUUCUAUCGGGCAGAUAUCGAUGCAGUUAAUGUCGCAGGAAAUACGCCUUUACAUAUUUGUGCGGCAGGAAACCAAGAAGCUUGUGCUCGUGUUCUUCUUUUUCGCGGUGCGGACACAAAUAUUGUAAAUAAGUCCAAUCAAACAGCUUAUGAACUGGCGCUAGUUUCUCAAAAUCCUUCAGUAGCCUCGAUUAUUCAAUCACAUAAACCCGAUCAUGUUGUUCCAUUUCGCGAAGCACCAGUAGUCAAUCCUAAACGUCGAUCGAUUUAUCUUGAAGUUGAUAAACAUCGAACACGUUCAUCAUCAACAACAACACCUUCACUAUCCUUAGCUAGUCGAUCACAAAGUAUGCCAAAACUGAAUGGUGUGAAUCUUCUACGUCGAAGUAAUUCACCGCCCAAUGAACCCUUCUCUCAACAACAUCCAUCAAGUCGUAGUUCAUCGCCGAAGUCCUUUAGUGUCAAUAGUGAUCACGGAUUUGGAAGUGAAUGCGCAUCACAUUUAUCAUCCAAUUCUCCAAAUGCGACGAAUGGUUGUUAUACGUAUAAACGAAAACGUUUAUACGCAGCCGCACCUGGACGAAAGUGUAUGUGUAUUAAAUCGUAUCAAGCGAACUCUCCGGGAGAAUUAUCUUUGAAGAAAGGAGACAUCGUUGAAAUUUUGAGCGUUGGCGAACAAGGAUAUUUAGAAGGACGAUGCCGAGAUAUGGAAGGAUGGUUCCCAAAUAAUCAUGUUCAAGAUAUUUGUAUUUUUAAAAAUAAUGAAAUGACUAAUGGUGAUACAAUUGUUAUUAGUCGUGAUGCGUUGUCUGCUUUGAUGAUCAAUAAUGACACAUGUGCACCACGAACUGUUGUCUUACAACGUGGAAAAAAAGGUUUUGGUUUUGUUCUUCGCGGAUCUCGAGUCGCAGGAAAAAUGUUUCAACCAACUCCCUCCUUUCCUGCUCUUCAAUUUCUUGAUAGCAUCGAAAAAGGUAGUAAUGCUGAUAAAGCGGGAUUAAAACAAAAUGAUUACGUUCUUGAAAUCAAUCGCAUAAAUGUUAUUUCAACACCACAUGAAGAUUGCGUCAAUCUGAUCAAACGCGCUGGUGAUACUUUAGCAUUAAAAGUAGUCACCGUUCAUAUGCCAUCGGUACUUCAUUCUCAUCAAGAAUCCCAUUAUGCUGCUUCACAAUCGUUACCAUUCCGACGCAAAGUCGUUCGUCCGAGUCUUGAUAGACCUUUCGGUGUCUUUUCAUCAUCGAAUAAAUCUUUUCAAUCAUUGCUCAUGAACAAAGCAGAGCAUAGUACCGUCCUAGAAGAUCUGGACCGAACGUUGGCUGAAUACGAAUACGGUAGUAUGUCGGAAGCAUAUGUAUCUAUCGCUAAGCAAACAAUGGAAAAUAUUCAUAAUGGGACGACAUCCCUUCGUUUAAAGAAUAAACCAAUGGUUCCGGAGAGAGACUCGUCGCUUUACGAUUGCUUUACUAACAAUAUUCAGCAUCAUGCUUAUAACAGAUUCCGUCCAUUGAUUCCUGCUGUAAGUGUCCCCAAUUUGACAUCUAUGGCAAAUCUUCGUUGUAACUCGAACACUUCAUCCAAUGAAGCUGAUGAAGAAUCAUCGUUAUCAUCAAUGAACAGUAAUCAAAUCGUCCAGCAAACAACAUCAAUGGAAGAGAAUGGCAUUGGAAUUUAUAUGACACCAUCAUUAUCGUUAAGUACAACGAACAUGUCGACAUUUAAAACAAUUACAACCAAUAAUCCUCUACCUUCGAAACCAAGCGAAGUGAAAAGACGAUCGAAUAAUCGAAAGCAAAUCUAUGCAACAAUUAAUAUAAAUAACAAAGCUAUUGAGAAUGAAACGUCUAUUGCUCCUUCUUCAGUUCCACCACCGCCUCCACCAUUUCCAGCAAAUUUCGAUUCGCUUAACAAAGCAUCUUCGAUUCAACCAAAAUCGAUUAAGGUUGAACCAGUUACAACAACGACGAGGCCGAAUGAUUUUCAGAUGCAAAUCGAACAGGCGAAGAAUGGAUUGAAGAAAGUUAAUCUUGAAACAUCACCAAAACAAACAAAGUCAAAUGGAUUAAGCAAAUCAACUUAUAAAAAUCCUUCAAAUGAUUCAAAUCAUUACCAUCCGCCGGAAUUGAAAAACAUUAUCAUCGAAGAAUUACCACCAAUGAAUGGUUUUCCUCCUCCUCCAUCGCCAACAACUCUUCGUCGUUCGACAGCACCAAAACCAGCACUCGAUCCUCGAUUAGAUACUAACUUUUCUUCUGUUAUUGCACAACGUGCAGCGGCUGCAAAAGCGCGACGUCAUGAAAAUUCGAUUGAACUCGAAUUUCAUUCCAAUGGUUUACCGCCCUCAACAACAUUCUACAAUCAUUGUAUUACCACCAACGGUAUCUCAUCACACGGUUCAUCAAAUCCACAACGAUUCAGCGCGACAGCAAAUCAAUUGUUAGAGAAUCUCAAACGUCGUGGUGGACAUUUAACGCCAAUUGAUCCUUUAAUUAAACAUUAUAAUUAA